UCUCAGCCGGACCGUUUUUUCGUGCGGCUCGCACAUCACAGCGGAUGCGACACUUUCAUAAUUCAGCCCAGUUCACAGCCGCGAAAAGUGCUUUCGGCGGGUUCGGUUAAAAUGGCGCUGUUGCUAAGAGCGGAAAAUUGCCGCUCGAACGACAACAGCAGGUAGAAGGCGACUCCCAGUCGGCACUCGCUUGUAGAAGAUUGCUUGGCGCCAUGGCGGCUUUGGACCAGAAGUCGCCUAAUGUCCUUUUGCAGAGCCUUUGUUGCAGGAUCACUGGGAAAAGCGAAGCUGAAGUGGCCCACCAGUUCCAGUAUGCAGUCAGAGUGAUCGGGAGCAACUACGCCCCCACCAUCGAGCGUGACGAGUUCUUGGUCUCGGAGAAGAUCAAGAAAGAGUUGCUGAAGCAGAGGCGCGAGGCUGAUGCGGCCCUUUUCUCAGAAUUGCACCGGAAACUCCAGACGCAGGGUGUGCUGAAGCACAGGUGGUCCAUCCUGUACCUUCUUCUGAGCCUGUGUGAGGAUCCCCGUAAGCCAUGCAGCCGGGUGGCUGGCUACGGCUCCCUGUUUGCCCAGGCCCUGCCCCGAGAUGCCCACUCUACUCCAUUCUACUGCACCCGCCCCCAGAGCCUUUCUCUGGGCCACCCUGAGCGCUCAUCCACCCUGGGCACCAGCGGCAUCAGCAGCCUUGGCACGUACACCCUGAACGGACCCACCCUCACUCCCCAGGCCCUGCUGUCGGGGGCCCCGGCCCAGGUGUUGGGGGACUCUCUGCGGCAGCCUGGAACUCGCCUGGCCUGGACUCUGGCUCCUGGAACCUCGCCCUCAGCCACAGCACCUACCUCACGAGGCCCGCCCGUCCCGCCCGCGCUUACGGCCAGGACCCAGCCGAGGCUGCGGCGAGACGGUGAUGAAAACGGCGAGAUUAGCGAAUCCGCCCUCGUCCGGGACAUCCUCUACGUCUUCCAGGGAAUCGACGGCAAGUUCAUCAAAAUGUGCACCCCUGAGAACUGUUACAAAAUAGACACUAAGGUGCCCCUGACCAAGUCGCUACGGGACCUUAGCAGCCGUUUGUCGGAGCUUGGCUGGCUACACAACAAAGUGAGGAAAUAUACAGAUGCCCGGAGCUUAGACCGGGCCUUUGGCCUGGUGGGUCAGAGCUUCUGCGCUGCCCUCCAUCAGGAGCUGAAGGAAUACUACCGGUUGCUGUCUGUCUUGCACUCACAGCUGCAGUUGGAGGACGACCAGGGCGUCAACCUCGGGGGAGAGUGCAGCCUGACCCUCCGCAGGCUCCUCGUAUGGACCUACGACCCCAAGGUCCGGCUCAAGACACUGGCAGCACUGGUGGAUUACUGCCAAGGACGUAAAGGAGGGGAGUUGACCUCGGCAGUGCACGCCUACGGGAAGACGGGGGACCCCUACAUGCGUGCACUGGUGCAGCACGUCCUGGCUCUGGUGUCGCACCCCAUCCUCAGCUUCCUGUACCGCUGGAUCUAUGAUGGGGAGCUGGAGGACACCUACCAUGAGUUCUUUGUGGCCUCUGACCCAACCGUUAAGACGGACAGGCUGUGGCAUGACAAGUACACGCUGCGCAAGUCCAUGAUCCCCUCAUUUGUCACCAUGGAUCAGGCCCGGAAGGUUCUGCUCAUUGGAAAGUCAAUCAACUUCCUGCAUCAGGUCUGCCAUGACAGAACACCACCUGGGAAGAUCACGCCUGGGUCAAAGGGCACCGACUCCCCCAGGGAUGCGGCCGAGCUCUUCACCGACCUGGAGGGUGCGUUCCAGGGCAAGAUCGACGCAGCGUACUUCGAGACCAGCAAGUACCUGCUGGACAUCCUGAACAAGAAAUACUCUCUGCUGGAACACCUGCAGGCCAUGCGGCGUUACCUCCUGCUGGGCCAGGGAGACUUCAUCCGCCACCUCAUGGACCUGUUGAAGCCUGAAUUGGCACGUCCGGCUACCACGCUGUACCAGCACAACUUAACGGGUAUUCUGGAGACGGCAGUGAGAGCCACCAAUGCCCAGUUCGACAGUCCCGAGACCCUUAAGCGACUGGACGUCCGGCUCUUGGAGGUGUCGCCGGGAGAUACUGGCUGGGAUGUCUUCAGCUUAGACUACCAUGUGGAUGGACCAAUCGCCACGGUUUUCACACGCGAAUGCAUGAGCUGUUAUCUGCGCGUCUUCAACUUCCUGUGGCGCGCCAAGCGCAUGGAGUACAUCCUCACGGACAUCUGGAAGGGCCAGAUGUGCAGCGGCAAGCUGCUGAAGGGCAUGCCAGAGCUGUCAGGGGUGCUGCACCAGUGUCACGUUCUGGCCUCUGAGAUGGUUCACUUCAUCCAUCAGAUGCAGUACUACAUCACCUUCGAGGUUCUUGAGUGCUCUUGGGACGAGCUGUGGAACAAGGUCCAGCAGGCCCAGGACCUUGACCAAGUUAUCGCCGCCCAUGAGAUUUUCCUGAGCACCAUAAUCUCCCGCUGCUUACUGGACACCAACAGCAGGGGAUAUCCAGAACCCCAAGAGCAUAAUGACCCGUGUUCCCCGGCCCAGUCCCUGCUGAACCAGCUGAGGGCCAUCUUCGACCAGAUCAUCGAGUUCCAGAAUGCGCAGGAUGCCCUCUACCGCUCCGCCCUGGAGGAGCUGAAGCAGAGGACGGCAUUCGAGGACAGGAAGCAGCAACGGGAGGGCGAGGGGGAGUGGGGGGUGUCGGCCGCCGAAGAGGCCGAGGAGAAGAAGCGAGUCCAGAAGUUCCAGGAGACCAUACCAAAAAUGUGCUCACAACUCAGAAUACUGACACACUUCUACCAGGGGAUCGUACAGCAGUUCCUGGUUCUCCUCAUGAGCAGUUCAGACGAGAGCCUCCAGUUUCUCAGCUUCCGCCUAGACUUCAAUGAGCACUACAAGGCCAGGGACCCCCGCCUGCGCGUCUCCCUCGGAGCCACCAGGGGGCGACGGAGCUCCAACAUUUAAUGGGAUGCUGGGGCCCACGGCCAUCUCCUCCUCCUCGUUUUGAUAAAUUAAAAGUGUAAACACACACCUGGUCAAUAGGGCUACAUGGAACUCAAUCCACUGUCAAGCGAAAAAAACAUAAAACGACAUGUCUGCUUUACCCAUGAUGUUGCCAAAAUGUAGAUCUUCAGCAAUCAUCCUAUGAGACCAGAGGCACAAGUAAGAUAUUGUAAGCAGCACGAGAUCAUACCUGCUCGCCCCCUCCCUUUGCCUUGUUUCAUUUCAGGCCUGCUUGACUCCACCCCUCUGAUAAUCAUGUUGCCCUGUUAUUGGUUGCUCUGUUUAGUUUAUAAUCAUUGAGUCUGUGAAUCCUGAGGUUUUGCACUUUUAAGAAUGUUUGCUUGUUCGUCAUCUGCCCUGAUGUCUUAAGGAUUGUUCCUCCCUGUACAGACACCUCACUUUAAUAUUAUUUAUAGUUCCUACAGCACGCCUACCAGUACGGACGUUGCCCUUCAAAGACUUCUGCCUUACUCCAAAAUCCUGGAGCUCAGGAUCUGUUCCGUCAGGCUCACGGUGAAAUUUCUCACACACAGUAUUCCGUUUGUAAUCCGUUUGCUUUGCUUUGGUAGUGACUCCACCGCGAUGUUGCAUUGCCCACCGUUUGCCUUCUGAACCAAACAUCGGACCCUCCCCUCCCCACUGUGUUCAUCCCAGGAACACAGGUCGUAGGUCCGCUCUGGAUCCUGUACCUGUACACCCCACCACCCCCCACCGCACCUCGCUGGAAAAUUUUGACAUUGCUAAGUGGUCUGUUCCCAGUAUGACGGUUUGUGUUAGCCAGAUACACUGAGGCUCAGAUGUGCUGUCAAAGUCUUGAAGUCUUAAGGAAAUGAAGGUGAUGGAGGAUGAAUGUUAGUUGAGGGGCGGCACUGGAGUCAACCAUGACAAUUCCUGCUUUGUAUAGUAUGUGUUAAAAACCAUCUUGUCAUCUCUUGAAUAAAUCUUUUUCAAAAAAAA